AUGCCAGCCGACCGCCGCGAACCACACAGCGCCAGCCCCCGCAAAGCUCAAACUAACGCAAGACUUCACCCCACAUCUCCAGUAUCUCCCGCACCACUCGCCUACCUCGCCGCCAAACACAACGCCCCCGCGAACCAGCGCUCAAAGGGCUUUCGCCCUGCGCGCGUUAUCGCGCCUCCCGUUACCGUCGAGGGAGAGCGUGAUGGCUUGGGAGGUGCGGACGCAGAGGGUGAGUGGGAUGGGGAUGGGGAGGGGAGGGGGAGUGGGGAUGAAGGAUAUGCGAGAGGAGGAGGAGGGGGCAGAAGAAGAGGGGGAGCAGGGGAGAGCGACUCGGACUCGGACUCAGAUGUGGAGAGUGUGAAUGAGAUCGACGCGUUUGAGACAGAGACGGAGGAAGUUGACUAUCUACAGCAGCACAAUGAAGAGGAUGAGGAGGAAGCAAGAGACAUGCACGAUUCAGAAUCAAAAGCCCGAUAUGAGCAUGAACCCGCCAGUCCUCCCGCCGCCGCCGCCGCAGCAGCAGCAGCAGCACCUCGACAAGGGACGCAGUCCAACACGACACCCAAACCCAUCAAGUUCCGGCCCUUACGCAUCCUCGCACGGCCCACAACGCCCGAGCCCAACCCACAUACUGAAGAGCGGGGGUCCUCUGACUCUGGUUCGUCUCACGAGGACUCCUAUGAGGAUGACGAGGACGAAGACGACUAUUCGGACUACGAAGGCAGCGAACGGAGAAGGAGGAGGAGGCGCUUGGACUCGGACUCGGACUCGGAAGUGUCCAGCGUGAAUGAGGCGGAGGCGUGGGAGACGGAUGAUGUCGAUGAGCAGUGGGAGUUGGAGUUGGAGUAUGAGGCCAUGGAGAGGGCCUAUUAUGCUGAGAUGGCUGAGAUGGAGUGGGAGAUGGAAAGGGAGAUGGAAAGGGAGAUGGAAAUCCCUCCAGAAGAACCAGAACCAGAGCUAGCGUCGAACCUCGGAGACGACGACGACGACGACGACGACACAGCGCGUCUCGCAGAGGUAGAAGCAAAAAUCGACGCGCUGUUGAAAGAAAGAAACGCGAUUCUAGCCGCGCGCGCCCGGGACGGAAAGAAGAAGAAGCAGGCGCCUAACACUUCCCCUGUCCCUGGCCCUAAUCCUAUCCUUAUCUUUACUCUGGGGCCUGCACCUACACCUACACCUGCACCCGUACAGAUACCCGUACGGACACCCAAAACGCCUACACCUACGGACCCCACCAACACCAACACCGACAAGGACACGGACCCCGCCGCGCUGGACGUCAAAGCCGAAAAAUGGGUCGCGUAUCACGCAACGCUGGUGCAGAAAUACGGGGAUCAGUAUCCCGGUUCGUACUCCUCUCUCCUCUAA